CAACGUUAAAUCCAAGAAAAUUUGAAGAGCCACUCGCACUGGCAGGAAGGCAAAGAUAUGUACUCGGAAAUUCGAAUGUAGAACGACAAACGUACGAUUUUUGGAGUUUUUUUUGUUGUGUUCUUUUUCCUUUUGAUAAUUCUUCUAUUUUUUGCAGCUUCUAUUUUUUGUUUUUCCUCAUUUUUCUCCCGCAAUUCUCAGUGUAUGCCAUUGAAACGACACCGUCACAUGAAUCCCGAACUCCUCCUUCCCGCCUCUCAAUAACUUUCCCUGAUUUUCCACCCACUGUUUUCUGAUAUCUCCUUCUGGGUUUGAUCUUUUUUUUUUCCAAAGUUUCAAGCUUUAUGCAUAUUUUUUUUGGUUUAUAUCUAUCGGCAGCAAAAAACCAACUUGAUUAAAUCUUUUAAAAAAGUAUGCAGCUUUCUGUUUAGUUUCUUUUUCUCUGGUAUUUCUUCUUGGUGGGGUUUCCUAGGUUUCGUAGGUUGUUGUUGUUAUGUACGGAUUCUAUGGAGGCUUUGUUUAGAUUGUCCUAGGUAUUGGAGAGAGUGGAAACACCAACAGAUACUACAAUGGAGGUCGCAGGUUUGUAUUUGAUGGUGCUUCUGGGUAUUUCGUUGGCAUUGCUUGUUGGAGUUUUGAUCGGAUGGUCGUGGAAACCAAAGUGGGCAUUCUCUGGCAAUGACAAGGACAAACUAGGCUGCCCUGUGCCUAACGCUUUUGAUUUUUCGUCAGCUCUAUGCUUGAAUUGUUUUGAGUCAUUGGUUUCCCAAGGUUGUGAAGCUCGCUGCAUGGGUAAGGGAAUUCAGAAAACUCCUUCUGUAUCGCCUCCGGCUACCGAAUUCGAUGAGGGCAGCAGCACAUCGCAGCUGAAUGAGGAGAAGCCGACUGUAGUGACUGAGGAGGAUUUAGAGGUUUUAUCCGAGCUUGUAGAUAUGAAAGAUGGAGGUCCUCCAUGGAUACAGAUGAUGGAUCGCUCCACCCCAACUAUGACCUACCAAGGCUGGCGUAGGGAUCCAAAGGUCGGUCCUCCUCAAUAUCGUAGCAGAACUGUCUACGAGGAUGCAACGCCGGAAUUAGUGAGGGAUUUCUUCUGGGAUGACGAGUUUCGACUAAGGUGGGAUGACAUGCUUAGUUAUGCGAAAACCAUAGAAGAAUGCCCGACCACAGGAACCAUGGUGACGCUGUGGAUUAAGAAGUUCCCGUUUUUCUGUAAAGACAGAGAAUACAUCAUAGGUCGUCGAAUUUGGGAAUCUGGGAGGUUGUAUUAUUGCGUGACAAAGGGAGUGCCCUAUGCUUCUGUUCCAAGACAUGACAAGCAAGUACGUGUAGAUCUGUACUUCUCAAGUUGGUGCAUUCAAGCAGUGGAAUCAAGAAGGGCUGACGGCCAGCUGACUGCGUGUGAGGUUAUAUUCUUACAUUACGAAGAUAAUGGACUCCCAUGGGAAAUUGUAAAACUUGGAAUAAGAACAGGGAUGUGGGAUACAGUCAAGAAGAUUGAGGCUGGCUUACGCACCUACCAGAAGGAAAGAGCAGCAGGAUCACCACUUUCCCGGCCAGCCUUUAUGGCUCAGAUCAACACGAAAAUACAUCCCGGGUACCUGAAAUCCUCAGGAGCCACAGAAGACUCAUCACAAACUGAGGUGGUGAUUGCAUCCAAGAAGCCUGCGGGUAGGCACAUACCCAAGCUCUUAAUACUUGGGGGGACAAUAAUCAUUGCUUGCACUCUUAAUAAGGGACACCUGAUGAAGGUGGUGAUAUUUGGGGUAGGCGGAAAGCUUGCAAAGGUAGGAAAGAAAUUGCAAACAAAGAGUGAUCGAGAUUCAAGUUGAUCCUAACCAAGAACGUUGGCUGGUAUUUGGUAAAUGAUCCUGAAUAAAACCUUUUAUCUAUUGUUCAACGGGAAAGAAACAAUGGAAGAUUGCUUUUCGGUUGAAUAAACAAUGUAACUGUUACGUUUAAGUUGUAUCCAGAAAACAGAUAUAUUUUGUUGUACAUAAACUUAACAGAUUGUUGAAGUUUCCAGCAGGCUGCUGAAUUUAGGGAGUUCAGCAUGUGUAUCUUAGAUGAUGAAGAGAUAUAAUAAUACCUAGCUAUUGCUCUUGUUUC